UGUUAUCGGUUCGGUUGGGCUCUUUCUCUCUCUGACAAAGACGAAAGCAUCAAAAGAGAACGAAGAAGAAGAAAGCAAAGUACUUUGCACUCAAUUUAGGAAAAGAUAAGGAAGUCGGCCUCAGCUCCUUUUGCUAUCUUUCCUCUUCUUUUUCAUGGUAUCUCUACUACUGAAAACAAUAGUAGGAGACCCAAGAACCCAAAUAGUAAAAAUCUUUUGCGGGCAUCAAAAAGAGCAUAAUACCACCACCUUUGUCUCCAACUUCGUCUUCACCAUGAGAGAACAUCAGUGACCAAAUGCACACUAGUGAUUUCAGAACCUUAGUCGUCAGAAUUGUGGAAGGCUUGUUGAAUGUUGAGAGCAGAUCAUAUAUUUCAGACGAAGUCUAAACUAAAGCGUUAAACUGCCUUCUUCGAUGUGAAAAGUAGAACCUGGGAGUGAAAUUUCUUAGUUCUGGAACCCGAUUUACCGGUAAGAAGUCGACGCUCACAACCUCCAACUGUAACUACAAAUUUAAUACUCAUUCAGAGCCAUUGCCCACGUGAACUCUACAUCGAACAGUGGAUGCUUGACGCGGCUACUUGUAGCCGUAGGUAGGAACAUUCCGACGACAUUAGGAUUGUUCCGACCAAGGCCUGAUGCUUAGAAGGAGCACAAGAAAAUCGGCAAAGGGAGAUUAUUGAAAGAGUCUAGUAGAAAUCACAACGGUUCCCUGCAUCACAGCAAAGUAUGUCUUUGAGAACAGCCAUCAAACACUUACCCUCCCAUUUUCUCCGUCGAGCCAUUACUAGUAUCUCCUCUCUCUCUCCUCUAUCAGAUCAACUCCAACAGCAAAACCAACCAAAUCAGUUCCAACUACAACAACAGAAGCGGCUGCAGGAGCAGGACUCGUAUGCGCUAAUGAAAGAAGACCCAAUUCAGGUAUGCUCUGAUAUCUGGGUCCGGGCUUUCUCUGAUCCCACCAAGAAGCCAUUUUCCAACCUGACGGGCUUCCUAAAAAAAUUCGACUUAUGGGCAUUGGCUUACCAACGCUCUUGUGCUGAGGAGACGGGCUCCUUCCCUCCUCGAAAUGCUAUCCACUCUGUCGUCCUUCACAAUCUCCUCUCCCUUCGGAAUGCUGUUUUAAAAGAUGAGUUUGUCUGGGGUAUGAAGACGCACCUUUUCAUCCGCUCCCCCAAUGAUAAGCCUUUGACCAAAUUGAUCUCAAGACGUAAACUUCAAGCCAUAUUAGAGUCUGAUAAGCCUUGCUUCCAAGAUCGCAUUGUUCAGGAGGUAUUAUUAAUGAUUUUGGAGCCUGUGUUUGAGUCUCGCUUCUCUUCCAAGUCCCAUGCAUUUCGCCCUGGUCGGAAUGCACACACAGUCAUUAGGACGAUUCGGAGUAAUUUUGCCGGGUAUUUAUGGUUUUUACGAGGUGACUUGAGCGGCAUUUUUGAAAAUGUUGAUGUGAAUGUAUUGAUGGGCUCUUUAGAGAAUGCUGUCAAGGAUAAGAAAAUCUUGGGUUUGAUCAAGUCAGCUCUAAGAACACCGGUUAGAGUUCAAUCACGAGAUGAUCUGUUGACAAAUAAGAAGAAGAAGAAGAAGAAGAAGGGGACGAAGAAGAAAAUUCUGAACGAGAAUGAACCGAAACCUGAUCCGUAUUGGUUAAGAACCUUCUUUAACUUUGCUCCAAAGGAAGCUGCAAAGGUCCCUUCUUAUGGUCACUGUGGUAUCUUAAGCCCUUUACUUGCCAAUGUCUGCCUGAAUGAAUUAGAUAGUUUGAUGGAAGAAAAGAUAGUUGAAUUUUUCCUCCCAUCUAAGCUUGAUUCUAUAUGGAAUGAUGCAGAUAAUGAUGGUAACCAUAACCCCUCUUGGCCCGAAUUUGUUCCAUCAAGUGGAAGGGAGAAAACUCGUAAAAUGGAUUACAUCCGAUAUGGGGCCUUUUUCCUGAUUGGGAUCCGAGGACCUAGAGAGGAUGCUAUAGAGAUAAGGAAGAAUUUGAUUGAAUUUUGUGAGAGAAAAUAUGGAUUAAGGCUAGACAAUUCUAAGGUGGAGAUUGAACACAUUAGUAGGGGAAUUCAGUUCUUGGACCACAUAAUUUGUCGUAGGGUGAUACAUCCUACAUUGCGUUAUACUGCAACUGGGGGGAGAAUUGUGAGCGAGAAGGGUGUUGGAACAUUGCUUUCUGUUACUGCUAGCUUACAAAAUUGUAUUCGCCAAUUUAGGCGGCUUGAGUUUGUUAAGGGUGACAGGGAUCCUGAGCCAUUGCCUUGCACUCCAAUGCUCUAUGCCAGCCAAGCUCAUACAAAUUCCCAGAUGAACAAGUUCCUAGAGACUAUGGCUGAUUGGUUUAGAUAUGCAGAUAACCGCAAGAAAGUAGUUGGAUUUUGUGCUUAUGUCAUACGGAGCUCCUUGGCUAAGCUUUAUGCUGCACGGUAUAGACUUAAAUCCCGUGCUAAGGUAUAUAAGAUUGCUACUCGUAAUCUCAGUCGGCCAUUGAGAGAAAGUAGGAACAAUGCAGCACCUGAGUAUUCAGAUCUAUUGAGGAUGGGACUAGUUGAUGCUAUUGAAGGCGUUCAGUUUUCUCGUAUGUCAUUAAUUCCAUCAUGUGAUUACACUCCUUUCCCUAGGAAUUGGGUCCCGUAUCAUGAGCAGGUGUUGCAUGAGUAUAUUAGGUUACAAGAUCCAAGAUUCUUCUGUGAAUUGCAUAAAUCAGUGAAACGCCAAGGUUUGAGUUUUCCUCAAGAUGAGCUAUCAAAGAUGGUUUGGGACUAUAAAACUCAUGGGGUUAAGCACCAUCCAUCUCAUGUUGAUGACAAAGAAACUGCAGAUGUAAGCGAACAUGAUAAUAGAGUUUCAGUUUCUUGAUGAGAAGAUUCUUCCUGCAUUUGGUUCUGUGCUAUACUUUAGCAGUUUUUGUAUAAAAUGAAACUAUUGUAUGUGGCAUGCACUUCUGGAUGAUGUGUGAAGUGGGAAGAGCUCUCAUUCUCAAAAGGACCCUGAGAUUGUUACCAGCAUCACUCACAAAAUGUCAGACAUAUGGAAUGAUUCAUCAGAUGCAUUAAAGUGAUCUUUACAAUCUCAUAGAUUUGUGUACAGCAAGGAAGGAGCAGCUGGUGUGCAGUCUAAGAGGGGUGUCAAUCCUAGGGCCACAAAAAUCUAUUGCUUGAUACCCUUCUGUGUUCAUAUCUGUUUUCUAUGAGACUUUAAGAGAUGCAUGAGACAUGGUGUCAGUCUAUUCUUUCUAAGCUUGCUUAUCUCAGCAUUAGUGCAAUGUUGCAGGAUUUGGACUGCUUAUGGUGUUAUAGAGAUAGACAGAAAGAAUACAACAUUUCUGGCUUCAUUAGAAAAGGUGACCUCCAUGUGCGUAAUGUGACUCCUGAUCAAGGACUUUUCCUGCAAGGAAUUAAAUAGAUGUGAAACAGUUUCCCCUCUGCGACGGGUGUUGGUGGGUUUGCUGUUGCUAAAAACAACUGAAGAAGAAAUAUAUGCUGAAGAAACUCCUCAUGCAUCCCCUUCUAGCACUACCCACAUUAGUUUUUUUUUUUUUUUUCCUUCUUUUUUUGUGCAAAGUGCUCGUUUGUUCUAAAUUGCAUUGAAAAAUGACUCAAAAUGGGCAUAAUUUUCAUAUUUUCUCUUAUAGAUGUAGGGCCCACAUGGUUAAUUUAUGCUUUAUUGGUGUAGGUCCACUUGUUUCUGCUAUGUAUCUGUCAUUGAGUAUUUUACAUGUACUCUUAUUAUGUAUCAUCAAAAUUUGAUUAGUAAAUGUUGGUCCCACAUUGACAUUUUGAAUGUGGACCCCCAUGUGAUUAAGGGGCGUUUUACAAUGUA